UCAAAACAGUUGAGCUUUAUUGCGCACAGCAGAAUUGUUCAGCAGAGAAGUUUAAAUAAAGACUCGGAUUGAAUAAUUCAAGGUACAGCCCUUAGUGAACGCUGGGUGAUCGUCUGGGGUUUAUUAUACUGGGAGCGCUCCUGUAUCCGAGCGUGCGUCACUAAUAUUACAGGAACUAGUUACCUUCUCUGGAUUACAUUAGCAACCUUAGCUAAGGCUACAGCUAGUUACAUUCUGGUGAAUACAGGUUUAAGAAGACUGUGAACUUUAGUCGCUGAUAAGACGUAGAGCAGUUGUUUGAUGACACAGUAAAGACACCACGCGUUACCGUGUCCGUCAUCACGUGGUGCUUUUAAUACACUAGAUGAUGUUUUAAUAAAAAACAUUAGCUUUUUACACACUAGUCAUAUAAGCUGUGCAGCUCUGUGGGGGUUUUCUCAUCCCCAGCAUGCUGCCGCUGCGCAGAGUGAGUACGGUAUAAACGUAGUUUUGGUGAAAAGUACCAGUGAUGAGUUCCGAUAAUGCUGCAGGCCUGACUGUGUGUUUGAACAUGAAAUGAUUAGAGCUGUGCUUGGUGCAGUCGCCCUGAAACCUCCAACAUGAUGGAGCUACCCAACUACAGCAGCCAGCUGAUGCAGCAGCUGUGGGCCUUGAGGAAGGAGGACCACUUCUGCGACUGCACCAUCAUGGUGGGAGAGGGUCGUCAUCGCGCACAUAAACUGGUGCUGGCUGCCUCCAGCAUGCUUUUCAGGUCUCUCCUGGAUGGCUCCGACACCAUCUCCAUCGACACAGCUGUGGUUUCCUCGCAGGAGUUUGGCUGCCUCCUGGACAUGGUCUACACUGGUAAACUGCCUCCAGGCAAGCACAACGUCAGUCGCAUAGUCACCGCUGCAGACAGCCUGCAGAUGUAUGACGUGGCUGUUGGCUUUAAGCAAGUCCUCACCAGCCUGGUAAACCAGAAGCCCCCAGUAUCAGUGAGCUCUGCUGUGCCACACCUCACCGUGACCAACAAAGCCCCGAAUAUGAACCCUGAAGGCUCAGCCUCGCCCAGCAAGCACAACCUGACUUCAGACGAGGCGGAGGUGACGGAAGAGCUGAAAAAAGAAUCGUUUGAGCAUGACAGCGAUGACGCAGACGAGCCAGCGAUUAAAAGGGCCCGCGUGGAGCUCCCUGACACAUCAGGGCCCGAAGACAUCAAAUCCUCAGAAGGUGCCGACACGUCGGCAGCCAGGCUGUCCAGCGAGUCCGGUCUCCUCGCCAACAUGUCGUCUGUUGUGGAACUGCUGAGCCAAGCAGCAGAGAGCCUGACAGAAAGGGAAAGACAGGUUGUGUGUCAGUGCUGUGAGGAGGCUGAUCCCAGCUCCGUGUCGGAGAAGCUGAUGAGUAAAGUGAAAGAGGGUCAGAUCGGAGAGGAGGGGCUUAUCAAGCUGCUACGCACCGUCAAGCAGAAAGCUUCAUCCUCCUGUCCCACACAGCUGCUCCCUCUGCUGGAGGAGCUGGAGAGGAGCAUACGGCAGCCCGAUGGCAGCCAAACUGGAGCUGACUCAGAGCAGAAGAACAGAAGUGAAGAUCGUGUCCAGGAAGAAGUGGAAGAUGAAAACGGUGACGAGGUGGAGAACAAGGAGGAGCAGAAAGAUGCAGCUGUAGCAACAGAGUGUUCCCCUCCCUGCUCCUCUCCUCCCUCCUGCCACUCCAAACCUUACUGCUGUCACUGGUGUAAGAAGAGUUUUGAUUACAAGUGUCGAAUGCUAGCCCACAUGAAGCGCUGCUCCAUGUCCCAGGAGUGUGAGCAGCAGUGUCCCGAGUGUCCCGAGAAGCUGUCUAAGCGGGCCCUGCAGCGCCACCGGGUCGAGGCUCACCGCAGCGCCGCGCGGGUCAAGAAGAAGGUGGCCUGUGACCUCUGCGGCCGCACCUUCGCCCACCCGUCAGGUAUGAUUUACCACAAGCGCACUGAGCACUUUGAAGAGAAGCCGUUUGCUUGUGAUGAAUGCGGCGCCAAGUUUGGUGCAAACUCAUCUCUGAAGAAUCACAUGAGGCUGCACACAGGGGAGAAACCCUACCACUGCAAACACUGUGACAUGAGUUUCAGCGUGGCUGCUGCACUUGCAUACCACACCAAAAAGAGACACUCUGAGGGGAAGAUGUACGUGUGCCAGUACUGCAAGGCUGUCUUUGCCCAGUCCAUAGAGCUGACACGUCACGUGCGGACGCACACGGGAGACCGGCCCUACGUAUGCCGAGAGUGUGGCAAAGGCUACAGCCAGGCCAGCGGACUCACUGUGCACCUGCACACCUUCCACCACCUGUCAGAGCCCCACGACUGUCAGAAGUGCUGUCUCAGCUUCUCGUCGCUGGACGAGCAUCGGCAGCACAUCCAGGAGUUUCACCCGAAGGAGUUCCACAAGUGUCCCACCUGCAGUAAGCUGUUCACCAGCGCCGCCCUCCUGGACAAACACAAGCCCACGCACACUGGGACAAAACCCUUCAGCUGUGACCUCUGCAACAAGUCAUACCAGCAACUGUCAGGACUGUGGUACCAUAACAGGACUAACCACCCCGAUGUGUUUGCCAACCACACCCGGCAGCUCAAGAACCUGGUCCAGUGUGAUGUCUGCUUCAAGUUCUUCCCUAGUUCUGUCAGUUUGGCCAAACACCAGGCUGCUGAGCACCAAGGCUCUGUGGCUGUGCUGGGUGGAGAUGAGGACAUGCAGGAGAACGUCUGCACGCAGCAUAUCAGCAGUGAGGCAUUCAGGUGCUCCCUCUGCUCCACGCUCUGCUCCUCUCAGCUUAAGCUGCAGGAGCACCUGCUCUCCUGCCAUGUGGAGACACGGCAGGAGCAGGAGAGCCGGGAGGAAGAGCAGGCCUCCACCUCCUACACGGUGAUACCAGCCAAUCCAACAGGGAGCAGACAGGAAGGGGCGGAGUCUGAGGGGCCAAGGCAGCAGGGGGUUGGUCAGCAGGUGUUUCUAGCUCUGGCAGAAGGGCGAGAGGUGAAAUCAUCAGCAGAGCUGGUGGAGGUGAACAUGUAUGACCUUCUGAACAACUCUGUGGCCUUCAUCUGCGAGGACAAACCAGCAGGCUGCGACUCUUAGCUGACUCUUUG